AUGACUAUCGACGCCGACAUGCAUCCAACCGGGAAUGACGCCUUCAGAAAUGCACAUGUCGUGGACACUGAAGAUGUUCAGAUCAGUGACCAUCCUAUGGGCACGCAACGACCGAUGAAAGUGAUCUUCAUGGGCAUGGGCGCAAGCGGCAUCAACUUCUCCUAUCAGCUGGCAAGGCGUACGACAGGCAUAGAUUUGGUCGUGUACGAAAAGAAUGCCGCAGUGGGUGGGACAUGGCACGAGAAUGUGUACGACGGGUGUGCUUGCGAUAUUCCUAGCGUCUGCUAUCAAUUCACUUGGCAUCGAAAGCCCAACUGGUCAUCUUACUACUCUGGAUCGAGCGAGAUUUGCAAGUACAUGACCGAUGUGGCGACAGAGCACGAUCUACUUCGAUUUGUGAAACUCCGACAUCAGAUCACAAAAGCAGAAUGGCAAGAGGACAUCGGGAAAUGGAGAGUGACUGUUCGUGGUCCAGACGGGACCUUCGACGACUUUGCUGAUUUCUUCAUCAAUGGCGGCGGUUGCUUGAACAACUGGCGAUGGCCUGAGAUCGAGGGACUGCAUGACUUCAAGGGGAAGCUCAUGCACACGGCUCGAUACGACAAGACGCAUGACCUGACCGACAAGAGAGUCCUCACCGUUGGCAUCGGUAGUUCAGGCGUACAAGUGAUUCCUAAGAUCUUGCACAGGGUGAAAGAGCUUCACGUUGUAGCGCGUUCGCCGGUAUGGAUUACCAAUGGGUUCGCUCAGACGUGGGCAGCCGUUGAUGGCGGGAACUUCGAUUAUACCGAAGAGGCCAAGAAGCGAUUCCGGCAAGACGACAAGCAAUAUCAAGCCUACUGUAAAGCGAUUGAAUCAGAGCUUAAUGUUAGGUUUCGUCUGAUCCUCAAUGGCACGCCUGAAGCGUCAGCCGCUAAAGAGUUCUCCAUCAAUGAAAUGAGUCGCAAAUCGAACCAUGAUCCUGAACUCAUCGACAAGCUCAUGCCAAAGAACUUCAACGUCGGCUGUCGUAGACCGACCCCCGGCAAUGGCUUUCUGGAAGCGUUGACAGACGACAAGACACAAGUAUACUUCGGCGAGAUUCCCAAGAUCACCCCCAGCGGGUUCUUGGAUCGCGAUGGCAAGGAACACGAAGUCGACACGAUAAUUUGCGCAACGGGCUUCGACACCUCAUUCAUGCCCCCUUUUGAGGUUCUCUACCAUGGCAAGAACCUUCAAGACAACUUCAGGGGCGACAUCAAAGGCUAUCUAGGCCUAGCUUACCCUGAGGUCCCAAACUACUUCAUCUUCCUUGGUGCUUACGGGCCUCUGAGGCACGGAUCUGUUUUACCAAUGGUAGAGCACUACACCGAUCAUGUGCUACAAGUCAUCGAGAAGGCACGCGUUGAGAACAUCAAGCGGCUGUCUGUGAAGAAAGCAGUUUCUGAAGACUUCACGAAGUAUGCAGAUGAGUUUUUGAAACGUACUGCUUGGGCAGGGCCUUGCAGCUCAUGGUUCCGUAAUGGCAAGAUAUCCAACAAGCCAGUCCUAUGGCCUGGUUCUCGCAUUCAUCAGCUUACCGUACUGCAACAUCCACGCUUCGAGCACUUCGAUAUCGAGUACCGCGACGGCAACUCUUGCUCCUUUCUAGGCAACGGGUUUGAUGUGAGGGAGACCGACGGCCGAGACUUAACUUGGUACAUGGGAUUUCUUGACGGGGAGGACAAGCAGCCAGGACCAUUCGAAAUGGGGAUAGAGGACGGGAGCGGCAGAAUAUGUGGCGAGAAGAACAUACGAGCCUGA